AUCACCAUGGCAACAGAUGAAUUACAUCCGAAUCAAGGCGAGGGAGAGCAGAGUUCUCCGCGUACCCACAAGUGCAGAGAUUGCGGCAAGGAGUUUCGCUUCCUUAGUCGUCUAAAGAAGCACCUGCGGACUCACACAGGAGAGAAACCGUACCUAUGCGAGGAAUGUGGCAAACAGUUCAGUGUGCUGUAUAGUCUGAAGAAGCACAUGAGAACUCACACUGGGGAGAAGCCUUACAACUGUGAAGAGUGCAGCAGGCAGUUCAGCAGGCUGGGUCAUCUGAAGCACCACAAGAGAACUCACACUGGUGAGAAACCGUACAGAUGUGAGGAGUGUGACAAACAGUUUAACAGCCUGUGUCAUCUAAAGCAGCACAUUCGGACUCACACUGGUGAGAAACCGUACAGAUGUGAGGCGUGUAGCAAGCAGUUUAGUCAUUUGUCAAAUCUAAAGAGACACAUCCGGACUCACACUGGUGAGAAACCCUACAGGUGUGAUGUGUGCAGCGGACAGUUCAGUGACCUGUGUAAUCUGAAGACUCACAUACGGACUCACACUGGUGAAAAACCGCAAAGAUGUCAAGAGUGUGGCAGAAAGUUCAGUGAGCUGGGUAGUCUGAAGAAACAUAUUAGAAGUCACAAUGGCAAUAUUGUAUUCAAAUUUUUACAUUUUUCCUUUAGGAUCAACAGUUUGACCAACAUGGCGGCCAGAGGUGAAUCUCACCCGAAACAAGAGGAGGGAGAGCAGAGUUCUCCGCGUACCCACAAGUGCGGCGAGUGUGGCAAGGAGUUUCACUACCGUAGUGAUCUGAAGCGACACGUGCGGACUCAUACAGGCGAAAAACCUUACCGAUGUGAGGAAUGUAACAAAUGCUUUAGUCUGCUUGGUAGUCUGAAGAAACACAUGCGGACUCACACAGGUGAGAAAUCGUACAGGUGUGAGGAAUGUGGCAGGUUUCUUGAGCUAGGUGAUCUAAAGAAGCACGUUCGAACUCACACUGGUGAAAAACCGUUCAGAUGUGAGGAGUGCAGCAAGCAGUUCAGUGAGUCGGGUAAUCUGAAGAAACACAUGCGGACUCACACGGGCGAGAAACCCUACAGGUGUGAGGAGUGCAACAUGCAGUUCCGUGAUCUGGGUAGUAUGAAGAGACACAUGCGGACCCACACGGACGAGAAACCGUACAGAUGUGAGGAGUGCAGUAGGCAGUUCAGUCAGCUGGGUCAUCUGGAGACUCACAUGCGGACUCACACUGGUGAGAAACCAUUCAGGUGUGAGGAGUGCAGUAGGCAGUUCCGUCAGUUGUGUCAUCUGGAGAUUCACAUGCUGACUCACACUGGUGAGAAACCUUACGGGUGCGAGGAAUGCAGCAAGAAGUUUAGUCAGUUGUCAAAUCUGAAGAGACACUUGCGGACUCACGUGCACAUAUGA